AUACCGUCAAGUACAGAAUAUUAGGAAAAUGGUAGACGUUAGCAAAAAGGUGAAGUUAGAUGGACAGUCUAGCAAGGUAAUUGGUACACACAAUGGUGUAUUCCACGCAGAUGAAGCUUUAGCUGUAUUCUUAUUGAGGUUAUUACCAGAAUACACAGGAUCGGCUGUUACAAGAACAAGAGAUAUCAACGUUCUCAACCAAAUGGAUAUCGUCGUAGACGUUGGUGAUGUUUAUGAUCAUGGAAAGUUACGUUACGAUCAUCAUUUUAGAGGAUUCAAUGAAGUAUUUGGUCAUAACCACAACACAAAACUUAGUUCUGCUGGUUUGAUAUAUAAGCAUUACGGUAAACAAAUUAUCAGUAAGCAUCUUGGAUGGAGUGAAGACGAGGAUCGUACACUUCAGAUUUGGUUGAAAGUUUACAAAGAAUUCAUUGAAGCGUUAGACGCUAUCGAUAAUGGUGUUAGUCUUUAUCCAACCGUUGAAAACCUUCCAGAGGCAGCAUAUCGUAACAAAACAGAUCUCAGCAGCCGCAUUGGUAGACUUAACAGCAAUUGGAAUGAAGAGUUCACAGAGCAAUCACAAAUGACGAGAUUUGAAGAAGCAUCAAAGUUGGCUGGCAGUGAAUUCCUCGAUAGCGUAAACUCAUACGCUAAAGUUUGGUUACCUGCACGUGACUUAGUCGUUGAAGCACUUAGCAAGCGUAAAGAGUUUGAUGAAUCAGGUAAAAUCCUCGUUUUCAAAACUUUCUGCCCAUGGAUAGAUCAUUACUUUGAGCUUGAACAUCUUCCUCAAUUUGAAGUAAAGAAGGAUGAAGAACCACUUUACGCACUUUUACCAGAUAGUAACAGAGGUUGGAGAGUACGUGCUAUCCCACCAAACAGUACCACCUUUGCUCUUCGUAAGCCACUUCCUGAACCAUGGAGAGGAGUAAGAGAUGAGAAGUUGGCAGAAGUUAGCGGCGUACCAGGUACCAUUUUCUGUCAUGCCAGUGGUUUUAUCGGUGGUAAUGAUACUUACGAGGGCGCACUUGAGAUGGCCAGAAAAGCAGUACAACUUUAGAAACACAUAUUUAACACUGUUAUGAUCGCAUUUGUAAAAAGAAUAAAUUAUCUAACAUU